UUGGUCACUAAGGAGGAAGGCUUGGAGCUUUACGAAGAUAUGAUUUUGGGAAGAGCAUUUGAGGACAAGUGUGCUAAAAUCUAUUACAGGGAGAAGAUGUGUGGUUUUGCUCACUUGUACAAUGGUCAAGAGGCUGUUUCGACUGGGUUUAUUAAGCUCGUGAAGAAGGAAGAUUCUGUGGUCAGCACGUACCGUUGUCAUGCGCAUGCCCUGAGUAAGGGUGUCCCUGCUCGUGCUCUGAUGAGUGAGCUCCUUGGUAAGACCACUGGAUGCUGCCGAGGCCAAGGUGGGUCUAUGCACAUGUUUUCAAAGGAACACAAUUUGCUUGGUGGGUAUGGAUUUAUUGGAGAGGGAAUUCCAGUGGCCACUGGUGCCGCAUUCACAUCCAAGUAUAGGAGAGAGGCCUUGAAGGAGGCAGAUUGUGAUCAUGUAACAUUGGCAUUUUUUGGAGAUGGAAGUUGUAACAAUGGGCAGUUCUUUGAGUGCUUGAACAUGGCAGCACUAUGGAAGUUGCCAAUUGUGUUUGUUGUGGAGAAUAAUUUGUGGGCCUAUGGGACGUUUCAUCUGAGGGCAGCUUCUGAUCCUCAGAUUUACAAUAAGGGACCAGCUUUUGGAAUGCCCGGUAUUCAUGUCGAUGGGAUGGAUGUUUUGAAGGUAAGAAAGGUUGCAAAGACAGCAAUUGCAAGGGCUAGAAGAGGAGAAGGUCCAACAUUGGUGGAAUGCGAGACAUAUAGGUUUAGGGGACACGACAUUUCGUCUGAACCUGAUGAUCUUCGUGAUCCUGCUGAGAAAGCUCAAUAUGCUGCUAGAGAUCCCAUUCCUGCAUUGAAGAAGUACAUGAUUGAGAACAAUCUAGGCAGUGAAGCAGAGUUAAAGGCCAUAGAUAAGAAGAUAGAGGAGGUAGUGGAAGAUGCUGUUGAGUUUGCGGAUGAAAGCCCUCAUCCACCUCGGAGCCAGCUACUUGAAAAUGUGUUUGCAGAUCCAAAAGGUUUUGGAAUUGGAGCUGAUGGUCAAUACAGAUUUGAGGAUCCAAAAUUCACAGAAGGCACUGCUCCAGUCUAAACUCAGCCUGUUAUCAGCCUAUUUAUGCUUGCUUUUAGUUAUAAUCAUAUUUAGUUAGUGCUGGCAGUCAUCUGUUUCACUUAUUCAAGUUUAAAAAUGUUCACUCAUAUUAGUAGUAUUUGAUCUUUAUGGCCCUUAUAAUCAUAUUUAGUUACUGCUGGCAGUCAUCUGUUUCACUUAUUCAAGUUUAAAAAUGUUCACUCAUAUUAGUAGUAUUUGAUCUUUAUGGCCCUUCUAACGGUUGUUUCUGCCAUAACUGGUGUACCAUAGCUCUGUAGGGCAGUUGAAGCCACUACAAUCACGUCUGCAAGAACAGCGGCAACACAGUCUGAAACAGUAAUCACCUCGACAUUGUAGG